AUGCCCGGUUGCGCCCUUGUAACCGGCUGUAGCGCCGGCGGAAUCGGCUCGGCUCUGGUGGAAGAACUGCACGCCCCAGGGAUGACAGUCUAUGCUACUGCUCGCUCCCCAGCCAAGAUGGAGCAUCUUGCUAAACUUCCUAAUGUUACCCUCGUAGCUCUCGAUGUUGUCGAUCCGAUCAGCCUUGCCGCUGCUGUCAACACCGUUCGACAGGAUUUGUCUUCUCACGGUGAUACCCUUGACAUCCUCGUCAAUAACGCCGGCCAAUCCCUUGUUUACCCCGCGCUAGACACCUCUAUUGACAAGGCCAAGUGCUUUCAUGCCACCCUGCUGCUGGUCCCCGACAAUGGCAGCACUAUUGUGAACGUCUGCUCUAUUUCAGGCUUCUUGUACGCCCCUUGGAUGAGUGUUUACAACGCCUCAAAGGCGGCUUUAAUGUCUUGGAGCGAGACCCUUCGGUUGGAGCUACAGCCCUACAACGUUCGGGUUAUAUCUCUUGUCACCGGCACCAUCGCCACAAACAUUAUGUCACACGCUAACCUGACCCUGCCCGAGAGCUCACUCUACCACAAGGCGCUUCCGGAGAUUCAAACACGCGGUGCCGGGAAGGAUGUCUUAAACAAAAGCGCACCCGACGACUUUGCUCGCCAGGUUGUGCAGGAUAUUCUGGGCGGAGCCUCAGGUCCCGUAUGGCGCGGAGCUAUGGCUUCCUUGGUGGAGGUCGUUUCCAAAUACAUACCGACGGGUAUUUUGGAUCGAGCAAUGAAGCGAGGAACUGGUCUGGACAAGCUAUCUUGA